CACUCUAGCCUGGACUAAAGCAGUGAGGGGAUUUCGACCAGGCUGGGCUCCGAAGCCAGUUGUUGGCGCUGUCCGUGGUGCUCAGGAAUUCCCAGCUGCCGGCAGAAUGAGCUACACAUCAGCAGUCUGCAAACUGCUCCCAGAGAGGCAGAAUCCCAGCUAAAGUUGCUCCUCUGCUUCAUCUCCGCGGUUAGCAUUUUCUCGUGUGUGAGAAGGGAUUCAAGCAACGUACCGUGGACCAUGCUGAUGGUACUGCCGGCGGAGCGGGCUUUAGGCUACCGUGUGCUGUCGCUGUUUGUGAUUCUCUGAUCCCAGCCAAAUCACCUCUACUGCCGUAGCAAACAUCGCGUAAGUGAACUCAUGUGUGGAGGAGGUGAAACCAGCCAGGAAAUUUCGUAGAAGGAUCUAAGAAAAUUCUAAAAAUAAGUUCAAUAUGAUUCUGCUACUGGGGUCUGGAUUUCUACAGGACCAGAAUUGCUUCUUGCGUUGAAUUCCGAAGACAGGUCCAAAGCAUAUUUCUUAUGUGUGUCUGCUGUGUUCCUCUCUGGGAGGGUAGGAGACUGCUUCUUGACUGUGUUUUGAAAUGGGAGGUAGAGAGAAUGGACUGCCUUUAAUUCAUGCCUGAACAUGUAUUCUUUGGGUGAUUAAAGAGGAACUGCUUUUCUAAAACACACCUGACCUUUUAGUUCCUAUUGGACUGUGACCCCACCUCCAGCACCAUUAACCUCCAGAGUGAUUAGCCUACCCUUCUUGUAUUCCCAUGGAAGGAGCUGAGUAUAUGUAAUAUUAGGAGCACAUCUAGAAGCCUUUGAGGAGGGGGAUGGCUCUUCAUAUUCAUGAAGCUUGCAUACUUCUAUUGGUCAUCCCUGGAUUGGUCACCUCUGCUGCCAUCAGUCAUGAAGACUAUCCUGCUGAUGAAGGUGACCAGACCUCCAGUAAUGACAAUCUGAUCUUUGAUGACUAUCGAGGGAAAGGGUGUGUGGAUGACAGCGGCUUUGUAUACAAGUUGGGAGAACGGUUUUUCCCUGGGCAUUCCAACUGUCCCUGUGUCUGUGCUCUAGAUGGACCUGUUUGUGACCAGCCAGAAUGCCCAAAAAUUCACCCAAAGUGUACUAAAGUGGAACACAAUGGAUGCUGUCCUGAGUGCAAAGAAGUGAAAAACUUUUGUGAAUAUCAUGGGAAAAAUUACAAAAUCUUGGAGGAAUUUAAGCCCUCUCCAUGUGAAUGGUGUCGCUGUGAGCCCAGCAAUGAAGUUCACUGUGUUGUAGCAGACUGCGCAGUUCCUGAGUGUGUCAACCCAGUCUAUGAACCAGAACAAUGUUGUCCUGUCUGCAAAAAUGGUCCAAACUGCUUUGCAGGAACUACAAUAAUUCCGGCUGGCAUUGAAGUGAAAGUGGACGAAUGUAACAUCUGUCACUGUCACAACGGGGACUGGUGGAAGCCCGCUCAGUGUUCAAAGCGUGAAUGCCAAGGCAAGCAGACUGUGUAGGACAAAUUCCCAACCAAUGACAAGUUCUUAGGAGAGGCUUCUACACUGCACAUGUUUAACACAAAACAAAACAAAAAACAAACUCCUGCCAGCUACAACAGGGUCACCAGCAAAAACCUUUUAGGGUUGACAAAAGUGAAUAUUUUACUAAGAGAAAAUUUCUCUCCUUUUCUCUUGCUAUAUAAAAUACAUAUAGUAUAUAUCUAUCUACACCACUUUUGUAAUUACCAAUUCUUGAUGGUGACUUGAUGACUGGAUUUCUGGAACAAAAGAAAGAAAUAGCCUUGCACGGGCUCCUUUCCUGGUGAUGCCUCUCACCUACCAGCCUGCCAUCCUCCAAAUUAUUCCAUUUGCCUCUUCUGUACAUCCCACCUGGCAUUCUUCUCUUGAAGUAUUUUUCUUUUCACCUUUGGAGCCUAAAUGGCCAGAUUUGACUGCACAGUAAAUUCUGAGUUGUGUUUAAAAAAGGGUUGGGUAAAGAAACAUCAGUGGGAAGGAUCUUUCCUCAGCAGGAAAACACAAGAGCAUCCAGCCAAUCGCUCCCCUGAAAUGAAUUAUUCUCUGUAAGCUAAGAAAAGAGGGGCAAACACAUAGAUAGACCCUCUGCUGGGCUGGAUCAGAAACAAUACUUUGUCCAUUGCAUGGGGGUUCUUGAUUUGAUUCUUACAAGCCACACAUUUCCCACACAAAACCUUGAAACUGCCAAUCAAAUUGACUAGGUGAAGAAAACCAUGAGCUUGACUACAGAAUCUAGAGAGAGACCAGUAUUUGAAAUAGUAGCAUUCAACACCACUACUUUUCAUGAUGCUGAACUUGUGUUUGGUUUAUAACUAAACACACUGUAAGUCCACUCUGUCACCAGGCAAUAUAAAUACCAGAACCAGGGUGAGUAGCCCCACUGUGAAUUUGAAUACUUUUCAACACUUCUGACUUUCAAGUUCCAAUUUGACUGAAAGCCAGUAGUACAUAGAGCGGUUUUUAUGGUUCGGGACUAUGUUUGCCAUGUUACAGUAACAAUCACUCAGCCCUAAGUCUAAAAUCCAGAUUCAGGACACUCUUUCCACCUCAAGUGCUGAUUUCAACUAAAGAUUAGGGUAGAGUGAAUCUUGCACAAUACAGUUCCAUUUGUUGAACAUUUUCUAAAUGUAUAUAUUAGAUACUAAACUACUAAAGUGAACCUUUGAAGAGUCUCAAGGUUGCCCUGGUAAUGCUGCUAGUAUAGUAACAGAAAAAAAAAUACACAGGGUAUCUGAUGCCACCUCGAUUCAAGUGUAAAAUUCACAAUUCUGAGACCACAUGGCCUAGUUAGUCGCUUAUUUCACUCUCCCUGUCCUAAAAACCCUGGUGCAGAUCCAACAGGGUCCUUGAGGAUACUUUAAGGUUGUCUUCAUUAUCAGUGUUCUUUCUCUUUCUGGUCUCACCCCAACCUGGUCUUUGCCAGGGCUCCUGUGGAGUUCUGUGUUCUUAAAGCAUGGUGUGUCACCCUUAGUGAGAUUGACAUUUGGCACCAGAUCAUCCAUUUGUUGGGGAGGGGGAAAUCUUACACAUUUUUAGGAUGUGCAGCAGGAUCCUAGCUUCUACCCACGAGGUACCACUAGCAAUUCCCAUUAUGGCAACCAAAUGUCUCCAGAUAGUGCCAAAUGUCCUCAAAGGAUAGGACUAGGCACAAAACUUCACCUGGUUGAGAAGCACUGAUCUAGAAUAGUCACAGAGUACUUUCCACCAGGGUGACAUACUGGGCAAACUCUGCCUUCAUAUGUGGCUUUGAUAAACCCUGGAGUCCUUCAGGCCACACACAAACAGCAGCCCUGAAAGUCAAUCUCCCCCAUAGGGAGGGAUGCUUCUAACACUAUAGGUCCAUCCUCAGAACUCCAGUUUCUAGUCUCAAGAACUGGUUUUUCACUUAAAAUUAUCAACCUCUCCUCCCCAGAAAUGUCUCCUGCCAUCAAGAAAGAGUUGUCAUUUCCAAAAUUAAUGUGUUGACACUUUUUUGCACACUGUGCUUGUUAUGAUACAAAUAGCCAUGCCGGUGCCACCGUGAGGAAGAACAUCCUGCCGCCUUCCCUUAGAACACCAAUUCGCUGCAAGGUUGGUGCCUUUCGGUUGCCACCAUGGAUACAUCAUAUAGACAGUCAUGAAUCAUUCAUGAACAGUUCUGCAUGAUUUAUGCCUGCACUCAAAAGUAAAGGCAUUCCACACUUCAGCUUGUGUCUAGACAGAGACGUAUUAUAGAACUUUCUUUGCCCUGAGGUUGCCUGUUACCAGCUUCAAAAAUCCACACUCUUGGAAAGAAAUAAUAAUAAUAAUAAUUAAUGACAGGAAUAAGGUUUGAAACUCAGAAAAUAUCAUUAAUAGAGCCAUGUAGCAUAGUACCUUAUCUAUUAUUCAGGAGUUACUGUGUCCUUUCUAGAAAACAAAAAGAAAGUGCAACUGGCAAGAGGUACAGAAAUCUUGCAUCAAAGUCUUUGCACAGUGGUAGUUACAGCAAGAAUUUACUGGAAUGGAGAAUAACAUCCAUCAAGACACACUCUUCAGAGAGUUUACAGGAAGUAACUGCUCAGUGGCCUCUGUUACCAGCUAGAGAGAGGGAGUUUUAUUGUUGUUCUUCUUAGGUUUGGGAUUUUUUGUUUUGUUUUUUAUUUUUACUACAAGUGUUUCCUUUAAGACUUUGUAGCACUGACAUUUUUCCCCCUUUAGGGAGAGAUGAACCUAUACUGUGACAGAAUUUCUCAUAAACCAAUAAACAUUUUACAACUUCCUUCUACCCAGGUCAUUGAGAAAUUCUUUCCAAACUAUGAACAACAGAGUUCUGGUCUCAUCUGCUAUAUUUUCCUUUGAAGGCUUUGUUUGCAGCCAUCCUGUCACCCCUGUAUUUUCAUUUCUUCUCUGCCUUUGGUUCUCCACUUUAACUACAGCUAUGUUUAAAUAAGGGAUCAACAUCCUGUUUGUCAGCUGAUGCCUAUUAAAAAAUGAUUCAGUUUAAAUCUUUGAAAAAUGGUGUGCCUGAAAACUAGUGAGAAAAAAAACCUAAACACUAAACUGUAAAAAGGGGACUCUAGCAACAAUAUUUGAUGUGUAAAAGAAUAUAUUAUUAAAAAAUUAUUUUGUUAAAUAUAAAGUGUGU